UGGCCCGAAGGAAAAGACACAUGGACACAUCUCCAGAUAUUACUUUGAAGAAAGCAUCGGGCCCAACACUUGUGACGGAUUCGACGGAUAACGUCCCAGCUGUUGGCAACGCAGGUACUUUAAAGCAUGAAGCAUCAGAAUUGGACACAAAAUCGGCAUUUGGCGAUGACCGCGCAGAUCUUGUCCCCCAGCCUGUGAAAAGAGAGAACGGAACUUCAUGUGAUGGCUUCAUCUCACCAGGACCGCACCAUGGCGAUUCUCUGUUCGAUCUCUCCGCUCGCGUAAAAUUCGAAGUAGACGAAAGUUUUACCGACCUGUUGCAUACCAGUAUUGACAUUAAGGAAGAAGACACUUCGCAAUCCGACCAAUCGGAAUGCCCAGUAAAAGGCACUACAAACGAUUCCGGAAAUGAUUUGCGUCGUACAAGUAAUCAUGUUCCACUGACUCCGCCUGCUGGAAGUGGAAGCAUCAAUGACCAACGUCCCCACCAACUACAAAAUCCCCGUGGAAUAAAACAGGAAUCAGAUGGAGAUGGAUGCAAUAGCGAAACGUCAAACAAGCCUCACAUUGAAAGGGCAGUAUAUCCGACCAAAAGAACUGAAUUCCGAAACAGACCAGUCAAAAGCACCCAACGUUCUGUAUCUUCAUCGCGUAAAAACCUUCCGAAACAACGUAUGCGGACGCAACAUGGCGAGCAAGUUUUCAGUUGCAGUAAUUGCUCUUCCCCUUUUAACCGAAAAGGUCAUUUGAGGCUACAUACUCAAACGCACACUAGCGAGAAACCCUUCAGCUGCAGUCAUUGCUCUUCCUCUUUUAUCCGAAAGGGUGAUUUAAAGCUACAUAUUCGAACGCAUACUGGCGAGAAACCUUUCAGUUGCAGCCAUUGCUCUUCCUCUUUUAUCCGAAAACAGGAUUUAAAGGUACAUAUUCGAACGCAUACUGGCGAGAAACCUUUCAGCUGCAGUCAUUGCUCUUCCACUUUUAGCCAAAAACAGCAUUUAAAUCUACAUAUUCGAACGCAUACUGGCGAGAAACCUUUUAGCUGCAGUCAUUGCUCUUCCUCCUUCAGACAAAGAAAUGCUUUAAAGGGGCAUAUUCGAACGCAUACUGGCGAGAAACCUUUCAGCUGCAGUCAUUGUUUUUCCUCCUUCAGACAAAGAAGUGCUUUAAAUCUACAUAUGCGAACGCAUACCGGCGAGAAACCUUUCAGUUGCAGUCAUUGCUCUUCCACUUUUAGCCAAAAACAGCAUUUAAAUCUACAUAUUCGAACGCAUACCGGCGAGAAACCUUUCAGUUGCAGUCAUUGCUCUUCCUCUUUUAGCCGAAAGGGUGAUUUAAAGCUACAUAUUCGAACGCAUACUGGCGAGAAACCUUUCAGUUGCAGUCAUUGCUCUUCCACUUUUAGCCAAAAACAGCAUUUAAAUCUACAUAUUCGAACGCAUACCGGCGAGAAACCUUUCAGUUGCCGUCAUUGCUCUUCCUCUUUUAGCCGAAAACAGGAUUUGAAGCGACAUAUUCGAACGCAUACUGGCGAGAAACCUUUCAGCUGCAGUCAUUGUUCUUCCUCCUUCGGACGAAGAAGUGCUUUAAAUCUACAUAUUCGAAAGCAUACUGGCGAGAAACCUUUCAGUUGCAGUCAUUGCUCUUCCUCUUUUAUCCGAAAGGGUUAUUUAAAGGUACAUAUUCGAACGCAUACUGGCGAGAAACCUUUCAGUUGCAUUCAUUGCUCUUCCACUUUUAGCCAAAAACAUCAUUUAAAUCUACAUAUUCGAACGCAUACUGGCGAGAAACCUUUCAGUUGCAGUCAUUGCUCUUCCACUUUUAGCCAAAAACAGCAUUUAAAUCUACAUAUUCGAACGCAUACUGGCGAGAAACCUUUCAGCUGCAGUCAUUGUUCUUCCUCCUUCGGACGAAGAAGUGCUUUAAAUCUACAUAUUCGAACGCAUACUGGCGAGAAACCUUUCAGCUGCAGUCAUUGCUCUUCCUCUUUCAUUAAUAAAACCGCUUUAACGGAACAUAUUCGCACGCAUACCGGCGAGAAACCAUUCAUUUGCAGUCAUUGCUCAUCCUCUUUUCGCCAGAGAAGAGAUUUAAAGGAGCAUAUUCGAACUCAUACUGGCGAGAAACCUUUCAGCUGCAGUCAUUGCUCUACCUCCUUUAGGCGAAAACACCAUUUAAAGCGACAUAUUCGAACGCAUACUGGUGAGAAACCUUUCAGCUGCAGUGAUUGUUCUUCCUCCUUCGGACGAAGAAGUGCUUUAAAUCUACAUAUUCGAACGCAUACUGGCGAGAAACCUUUCAGCUGCAGUCAUUGCUCUUCCUCUUUCAUUAAUAAAAACGCUUUAACGGAACAUAUUCGCACGCAUACCGGCGAGAAACCAUUCAUUUGCAGUCAUUGCUCAUCCUCUUUUCGCCAGAAAAGAGAUUUAAAGGAGCAUAUUCGAACGCAUCCCGGCGAGAAACCUUUCAGUUGCAGUCAUUGCUCUUCCUCUUAUAGCCGGAAAUAUACUUUGAAGCAACAUAUCAUGACGCAUACUGGUGAAGUUCAAUAGCACGUGGAAGAAACCAUGCCCGAGCGCGAGCACGUCCAAUGUAUCCUCUUGAUAGGCUGUGGAAAGCGACGAACUGGAAGCUUACCCAAUAACCGCAGAAACUUCCCUGCAACCGCCUAUGCAUUGCUGCCGAAAA